UCAGAUCUUGUCCCUUGUUGCUACCCGUCCGUACCGUACGAACUAGUCUUCUGUUCAGAAAUGGCUGAAGCUUCCCCACGGCCCUGCCGGUUUUUUUGUCACCGGUGUUCAGCAGAGAUCAGUCCGCGUUUACCGGACUACACCUGUCCACGCUGUGAAUCUGGCUUCAUUGAGGAGUUGCCUGAGGAAAGAAGUACUGAAAAUGGGUCGGCAUCCACAUCCUCCAUAAAUGAUCAGAACCGCUCAGCCUUUGAGAACAUGGAUCACCAGCACUUAUUCACAUUUCCCUCUGGGUAUGGUCCCUUUGCGCUUGGGAUUUUUGAUGAAAACUUCGACCUUCGAACGCGGCUACCCACAGAGGACAACCGAGAGACAGAAAACAGGCGAGAACGCGAAAUGGCAUCACGGCAACGAUACAGUGCGCGGCAACCACGGGGUCGACAUGUUCCUCGAAGACAGGGUACGCGCCAUGAAGGAGUGCCCACAUUAGAGGGAAUUAUCCAGCAGCUAGUAAAUGGAAUCAUAGCACCUACAGCCAUGCCAAAUAUUGGGAUGGGGCCAUGGGGCAUGCUACAUUCAAAUCCAAUGGACUAUGCCUGGGGCGCCAAUGGACUUGAUGCUAUCAUUACACAGUUGUUGAACCAGUUUGAAAACACAGGUCCCCCUCCUGCAGACAAAGAAAGGAUAAAGAGUUUACCCACCAUCUGCAUCACAGAGGAGCAUGUGGGUGCUGGGUUAGAGUGUCCUGUGUGCAAAGAAGACUACAGUGUCGAGGAGAGUGUUAGACAACUGCCAUGCAAUCAUUUGUUUCACAAUGACUGUAUAGUACCAUGGCUGGAACAGCACGAUACAUGUCCUGUGUGCAGGAAGAGUCUUAGUGGACAGAACACAGCCACAGACCCACCAGGGUUAUCAGGAAUGAACUUCUCUCCCUCCUCCUCCUCUUCUUCCUCCCCGAGCUCACCUAGCAAUGAGAAUGCCGCCAGCAACUCCUAGAUUUUCACCGUCACCACCACCUCACAUCUGAAAAACCUCACACCCAACUGAGACCCAACAGCUCUUUUCUAUGGCUGAGACCAGGACGGUUGUCUCAAUACUAGGGGACGAUAUGAAUCGAGGUGAACUCUGAAUGUGUUGCAGACUAUUAGUCAUCAUUCCUGCCCCCCGUGCUGAGCGGACGCUGGGUCCAGCUCCUGCUGCUAUUGUUACCAAGUGUUUGAGGAGGUAGGACUGGGCAGUGUUGAAAGAGGAUCCAGAAAGACUGAAUAAUAAUAAUAAUGAUAAUAAUGAUAAUAAUGAUAAUAAUGAUAAUAAUAAUAAUGAUAAUAAUGAUAA